UAUUCCAAAAAGUGCUAAUACCAAUAAAUCAAACAAUCAAUAACAUCUUCACAUAUAUUACCUGAUAGAAUUAAUAAAAAAUAAAAACCAUAUAUACAUCUAAAUUCUAAUUAGCAAGGUAAGCAGCUGACUGGUACUUUAGUCUAAGCAGCCUCACUUGACUAAGCCACAGAGCCACACCAAAACAAGGCAUCCAAAGUCCACCAAUUUCAAGUCGUAAUCUACCCAAUCACUUAACCAAACAACCCUCAAUGGACUCACACUACAUCUUCACUCUCUAUUUCAAAUCCAACGGCUAUCAAUCCGUCGUCAGAAGUCCCACCAUUCCCUCAUCACCCAUUGGAGGGAAAUUUCCCAAACAACCCCUCUGCCACGUGUUCAAUUCCAACUUGUUCUAUUGAAGUCCCAUCCGUUUCAAAACAUCUCUUCUUUCCUUCUUUUUCAAUCUCCUCGUCGUUAUCGUGCUUCGCCGAUGAACGGAACAGUCUCAGCCGUCCGAUGAGAGUCUUGCUCACUGUCGCGGUGAUGAUAACCGCGAUCAUCACCCUCCUCUUCUUCUCCAUCGCCGUCGAUGCCUUUGGCUCCGCCGCCACCCUCGCCAUUAGCUCUGGCACCGUUUGCGGCAUCGUCUCCGGCGCAUCCCUUCCAUCCAUCUCCUGUAAUAGAGUGAUCGAUCCACCAACAUCGUCGAUCACUCUCUCACCCAAUGUCUCCUUCUCCUCCAUCUCCGGCGGCCGAGGUUUUAUCUGUGGCAUCCGCUCUGGCGGUAGAAGUCUCCUUUGCUGGAACAUUUCCGGGGAUUUGAGUGUCAAGAGGAUCUACAAUGGCUCCGUCAUCGUUGGUCUCAGUGUUGGCGAAGAUCAAAUUGCCGCCGAGAAAGCGGACGGCACUGGCAUCUUGUUCUGGCGUGGCGACGGUUCCUUUGAAAACGUGAAUGGCUCAUUCCGAUCACUCACUUCCGGUCGUGGCUUCUCCUGUGCCAUCGAUGAUAACUCCACCGUCCAGUGCUGGGGCAGCCGGAGAAAUCAAAUCCAGCCGGCCUACAAGAGUAUCUCAAUGUCAAGUAUCGUUGCAGGAGAUUCUCACGUCUGUGGGAUCACCACCAACGGUGACCUCAUCUGCAAGGGUAGCAACAACACCGGCCAGAUAAACACCCCUAAAAGCUCGCCUUUUGAGUUCUCUAACCUCGCGCUCGGUGUGAACCAUAGCUGCGCGAUUCGUCAAGAGACUGGAGCAGUGCUCUGUUGGGGUGGUGGCGGAGACGGCAAGGGUACCUUCAGUCCAAUUGGCAAGACACCGUUGGAGUCCAUCGUUGCCGGAGAAGAUCGCACAUGCGGAAUUCUGUCAGCCAAUUUAUCAGUUAUUUGCUGGGGAUCCAACAGGGACAAUCUCCAGGUCACUGUUGUUCCACUCCUCAGUGUUCUCCCUGACAUUUGCCUGCCGGACCAGAGCUCCUGUAGCUGCGGCAUUGAUAUCAACUCUCAGGUUCUCUGCGCCGGCACCGGGUUUAUAUGCAAACCCUGCAACCGUUUCCCACCCCCUUUGGUUCCUCCUCCAAUACCACCACCAUUGUUGCGAACAACGAGAAAAAAGAGCAAGUGGAACUACGCCUCUGUGAUCAUCGGCGCAGUGGGAGGUUUCAUAGGUGUUUGUUCAUUGUUCUACUUGAUGUUCACCUGCGUAUGCCGACGAGAAAAGGUCCACAACUCCGUCCAACCCACCACUGCCCCUGGGGCAGGAGCGCCGAGCACUUACGCCUCCCCAUCCGCCUCACGCUCGGCCAUUUUCAUCCGCCAAGCAUCACGCGUAAUGCGGCGACAACGAAGCGGCACUUCAUCCUCAAUGAAAGACCGCGCCGAGCUGUUCACAUUCGCUGAGCUCGCCGCUGCAACCAAGAACUUCUCACCGGAAAACAAGAUCGGCGCCGGGAGUUUCGGGCAAGUCUACAAAGGCCAACUACAAGACGGCCGCGAGGUGGCCAUCAAGCGAAGCGAAACAGGGCCAAAAGCCAAGAAAUUUCAAGAAAAGGAGAGCGCUUUCCAAUCCGAACUCUCAUUUCUCUCCAGGCUUAAUCACAAACACCUCGUAGGCCUCAUCGGUUACUGCGAAGAAGACGACGAACGCCUCCUCGUCUACGACUACAUGACCAAUGGAGCACUCUACGACCACCUCCACUCCAACAGGACAAACACCACAUUGGAUUCAUGGAAACUGAGAAUCAAAGUGCUUCUAGACGCAGCGAGAGGGAUUGAAUACCUGCACAACUACGCAGUGCCACCGAUCAUUCACAGAGACAUCAAAUCCUCCAACAUUCUGUUGGAUGAAAACUGGACAGCAAGAGUAUCAGAUUUUGGUCUCUCUUUGAUGGGUCCGGCAACGGACAGCGAACACCUAUCAAUGAAGGCGGCAGGGACAGUGGGGUACAUGGAUCCAGAGUACUAUGGAAUGCAGCAAUUGACGGUGAAGAGCGAUGUGUAUGGAUUUGGAGUGGUGAUGCUGGAGAUGAUCACUGGGAAGAGGGCAAUAUUCAAGGAAGAAGGAGACAAGGAAAGCCCAACAAGCGUAGUUGAUUACGCAAUGCCGAGCAUUGUCGCCGGGGAUGUGUUCAAGGUGCUCGACGAAACGGUCGGAGUGCUGAACGCGCAGGAGGCCGAGGCGGUGGAGCUGGUGGCGUAUACAGCCGUGCAUUGUGUGAGUCUUGAAGGAAGAGAGAGGCCAACCAUGAGUGAUGUUGUUGGUAACCUUGAGAGUGCGCAUGGGAUGUGUCAAGGAAGCCAUGUUAGUAUCUCAACUGCUAGCAUUCUCUCUUCUGAUUGAUUUUUUUAUAUUUUUUUCUUUUUGGGAGGUGGGGGUUGAAUGAUGGGAUGAAGAUGGGUUUUGACUGAUUUGUGAUCUAACAUUUGUGACCAAUUAUUUUGGUUUAAAAUUUAAUGAGAUUAAAAGUUCACCCUUUCCUGUCAAUUCAGUAAACGUGUUUGACUGUGUUUUUGGAAAAUAUAUGGUCGUGUUCUAAGAUUGAAUGUCAUUGUUAACUUUUGGAGUAUGGGUUGACAGUUGUAGGAUAGAAGGUCUUCAGAUGAUUUUCUAACCUGGUUCUAUGAAAUCAUAGUCAUUUUUAGUGCAAAAAGACUAAUUGCCACCACCUGACGCUGUAAACGUAGGGAUAUCUUCUUUAAAAGUUUGAAUCGAGUUUUUUCAUCUUUCACUAUCAUAGUUUGACAUGAAUCAUUCAAUUACAACAUAAAAAAAUAACAAAAAAAGAUAACUAGAGAAUAAAUUGAUUCUAGAACCGAAUGAGAUAACUUCAGUCCCCUCACAGAAAACUCAGCUUGGUUUAUUUAUUAAAUUAAAUGAGCAAUUCUUGAUUCUAAUUUUUCUAAACAUCCUCAAAUUUGCCGAUUUCUAUACUAGUAAUUUAAUUAUCAUUACUGUAACAAUAUUAUUAUAAUUCUAUUAUUAUGACUAAAUCAGUCAAGUUUGUGCUUGGCAUUUUUUUAAUGAAGCUAAGCUUGAAUUUGAUUAAUGAAAUUUAAGAUAAAAUUGAAUACAGACUCGUUUAAAAUAGUGCCUAACUGAGCUUACACAUGGAAAAGUUAGGGUCCAGCACGGCUCUGUACCAGCCCUGCCGCCACCCAAAAGAAAAGAAUAUAUAAUUUAAUUUUGAAAACAAAUCAAGAAGAUAUAUGAGAAAUAAAAACCUUGCUAGUAUUGAAGGAGACAUGGACACCAACAUAAGUGAGAACACAAUGAUUGACGUCUCACCAACCAGAUUAAUCCCUUUUGCCCAACUCUAGACAGCACUUCACUGGACCCAUAUAUUUAUAGUUUACUUCCUUGAUAAAGGCUCUCUUUUCCAGUGGAUCAAACAUUCAAUAAAGUUGAUAUGGCAUGUAAAAUUGAAACAAGAAAUUGAUGACUUUGUGGUUGGUGGGUGGCGGUGAUCACUUCA